CGUCCUGCAUAGCACCGCACAGGUAAAGAAAGUCUAUCAAGAGUCCGUAGAAAGCAGUCGCUGCAGCGUCCAUACACGUGAAAAUCACUUCCUGGAAAUGCGCAAGAAGAGGACGAGCUCUUGCGUACGAGGGGACGUCCGUUGCCUCCUUUGCCUCUAGAGACUCUACUGUCCUCUCAGCUCCUGUUUGUGACAAAUAAACAACUAUGGACCCAAAUAACAACUUAAGAGCAGCAAAAUGCUAAAACACAACCAGCCAGAACUUCUGAACAUUCAGUGUUUGGGAUUAUCUGAGAAAAGAGGCGGCAGGGUUCGUCCACUUCCUCCUGGCUCGAGAAUAUUGGCAAGCUGCUCUGAUCUCUGAAGUGAUGUGACAAGUGGACCUCCACUCAAGGACUCAAAGUUUGAGGAUUUUUACCACUGCUGCUUUGAGUGGAGGAGUAUGACUGUCCUGCAGCAGCAGCAGCAGCACCACCACACCCACCACCCCGAUCACUACCACUACCAACAGCAGCAGCAUCCCCUCUACCAUCACCACCACCACUACCAGCAGCAGCAGGUGACCAUGGCCGUACCGGCUGCUCUGAUCCCACCAACUCCUCUGGUUCCGCCGCCUACGAUCUCGACUCCCUCCGCGACCACGUCGCCGCCGUCGACAACUUCAUCACCGUCUCCAUCCCUGGCCCCCCCAUCCGGACCCGCACAGAACCUGUUCAGAUCAGAGCUCCUCGCCACCGGCAGCCCGGGCAUCCCGUCUGCGGCGCUUCCCCCCAGCAAACCCGUGUACUCGACCCCGUCGCCUGUUGAAAACAUACCGCAAAAUAACGAGUGCAAGAUGGUCGAGCUGCGCGGUGCCAAAGUGGCCUCGUUCACCGUGGACGGCUGCGAGCUCAUCUGCCUUCCUCAGGCUUUCGACCUGUUCCUGAAGCACCUGGUCGGCGGACUGCACACGGUCUACACCAAGCUGAAGCGGCUGGAGAUCACGCCGGUGGUGUGCAAUGUGGAGCAGGUCCGCAUCCUCAGAGGGCUCGGCGCCAUCCAACCCGGGGUGAACCGCUGCAAACUCAUCUCCAGAAAAGACUUCGAGACACUCUACAACGACUGCACCAACGCGAGCUCCAGACCUGGCCGGCCCCCGAAGAGGACCCAGAGCGUGACAUCACCCGAGAACCCCCACAUCAUGCCUCACUCGGUCCCCGGCCUCAUGUCCCCUGGCAUGAUCCCACCCACAGGCCUGACAGCGGCGGCGGCAGCAGCUGCCAACGCAGCCAUCGCAGAGGCCAUGAAGGUCAAGAAGAUCAAGCUGGAGGCGAUGAGCGGCUACCACGGCAACGCCAACCACCAUGGGGCAGACGGAGAGAAUGGAGACCUUAGCUCCACCGUCGGCCUGGAACUCCCCUUCAUGAUGAUGCCACACCCCUUGAUUCCUGUCAGCCUGCCCCCUGCCUCUGUCACGAUGGCGAUGAGCCAGAUGAACCACCUCAGCACCAUCGCAAACAUGGCCGCCGCUGCACAGGGUCAGAGUCUCCCCUCCAGAAUGGUCACCUCUGUUAUAAAGUUGGGGUUGCAGGAACGUGUGCCGGACAGUCCCUCCCCUGCUCCUUCCUUAGAAGACCACAGGAGGCCCGGCAGUCACCCAUCGUCCCACCGCAGCAGCAGUGUGUCCAGCUCCCCAGCACACACAGAAAGCUCCUCAGACAGGAUACGUACGUCUCCUUAUAAGCUCACAACACAGAGAAAUGCGGUGCACCACAACGGCCUGUCCAUGAACCAGGCCUUGCUCGGCCUCUCCCCCAACAUCCCACCAGGGCCUAAAGAGGGAGACCUGGCCCACGACAUGAGCCAUGAAGUAAAGAGGAUGCACACUGACAAAGAAGACAACUCGAUGUGCACCCCGACAGCAAGAGACAGCUACGAGAGGUUGUCAUUGGCUGGCCAGGCUCUGCCGCCAGGCUUUCCUUCACCAUUCCUUUUCCCAGACGGCUUGUCAUCAAUAGAGACUCUCCUCACCAACAUACAGGGCCUGCUCAAAGUGGCGAUCGACAACGCGCGGGCUCAGGAGAAGCAGGUGCAGCUGGAGAAGACGGAGCUGAAGAUGGAGCUGUUCAGAGAGCGGGAGCUGAGGGAGACUCUGGAGAAGCAGCUCGCCAUGGAGCAGAAGAACAGAGCGAUCGUUCAGAAGCGCCUGAAGAAGGAGAAGAAGGCCAAGAGGAAACUCCAAGAAGCUCUGGAGUACGAAUCCAAGAGGAGAGAGCAGGCCGAGCAGACCCUGAAGCAGCCAUCGCCCUCUGACAGCAUGCGUUCACUCAACGGUCAGACACUCCACCACUCUCUGACCCCUGAGAUGGAGAGUGACCGCAGCAGUGGAAGAACAGAUGCUGAAAGGACAAUACAAGAUGGAAGACUGUUCCUGAAAACCACCGUGAUGUACUGAUAAGGCCGCCAGGAGCUGGAGGAAAUAAAAAUUUCAGAAAAAUUAUAAAAAAAGAAGAUUCUCCAGAGCCCUCAUCCAGGCUGGUUUAGUGAGAGGAGAAGCUGCUUGAGUGGAGAUGCUGUGUUCACCCAAAAUGCUGGAGGAGGUGUCUGAAUGUCUUUUUUUCUCAUGAAUAGUUUGAUGAAGCAGGUUAGCGGGUUGGCCAACGUGAAGGAUAUCAAACAUAUUGAGCACAGUAAAAAAAAAAAAGAAAAAAAAAAGAAAAAAAGUACCUGUGGUACACCGUUGGUCAAAUUACACAGCACUGAAGAUUUUUUAUACUGUAUCACAGCCAGCGAGAAAAGCUUCGAAACAGAAAUUCGACUUUUGUAUUUCAAAUUCUGGGAGGCUAAAAAAUGAAGAUGAAAAAAGAAUCGAUCCUCGUGGAAAAGAGGCUCAUGUUUUCUAAAUUAGAUGACAAUACAAUCAAGUUUCCUUUUUACCAUUUGUGUAUAUACGAGAUCUGAUGAUAAUGAUAGGAAAAAGCUCCUCCAUUGAGGCCCAGCGCAUCGCCGAGGAAUGUGUAUAUAACGUUAAGAGGUAUUGUGUAUGCAGUAGAGCUAUUAGGCAAACAAUACCACCAUUUAUAUAAACCUACAGUUUUGUUUUGUUCUAUUUCUGAGCCAUCAUUCUUUCCUAUAGCUGCCAUUUUUUGGUGAGAAAGCAUGCAGGCAUGUAAAUGUUUGUCCUGGAAUUAUGAUAUUUAAUAAAUCCUAUAUUGUGCUGAACAAAUACUAGGGUUGACUCACUCAAGCCCGGAUGAUUUUAAACAUUAACUAUCAAACAUUUCACUUUCAAAAAUGAAGACUUUUGCUGUCAAUAGUACUGUAAUCUUUGUAACAGAGGUAAUAUUUCUUGGAUUUUACUGUACAUUUUUUGUCAUGACACACACACACAAACACAAAAAUCAGCACCUCUCGAUGCUUUUUUAAGAAGAAAAAAAAAAUCACGUGUCAGCUUGAGAAACAAUCAGUCAUGACACAACUUUUUUGGAAACUGAAUGCCAUUUAAUCCCUGUACACAGACGUUUUCUCUUUUUCUUCGAGUGUUUCAUGAUAUCCUGAUGAGAAGAAGAAAAAAAAAAACAUACUAAGUUAUGAUUUUUCUGUUACUUUCCCUAAAGACUUUUGGGUGCUUAAACACCUGUGUAUAUUCUCUAGACAUAAGCUGAUGUCAGUCCUUUAACUGCAAAACAGUUUAGACCUUAUGUGUUACAAUCAGGAGGAAGAGGAGGAGGAGGAGUGUCCCAUGUUCACAAUGUGUUUGUUCUUUUUGUUCUCAAUGGAGUGUCUAGGUCUGUUGUCACUGAUAACUUAUAUAGCUUCUCGAAUCAUCUCUUCAUUGUACUUC